UCAGUAUUGAUGGAUUCUGUAGUACAUGGCCAGACCGGCGGAACCUCCCAUUCAAUCACCUGGGCGGAGAAAGAUACGUUGACCUCAAAGUUCUAAAGCUGGAUCGCUAUAGCUGGGACUGACGGAGUGAAAAAGACGUUUGGACUGGCCCGGAGUGCCGUUUGAGAGGCAAGUUGGAUUGCUUCAUGGAUACACUGUACUGGUUCUACAAGGGUCAUUGGAAGAGCUGGCUCAAGUGGCGCAAGCAACCAAAAGCGCAGCGCGAGAAGACCAACGUCGAAUUGUGGCUUGACGCAAUGGACUGGACGGCUAUCGAGGAACUAUCAGUGGAGAGUGUUCCAGACAGCGUGCGCAAAGUUCUCUCGCAAUCGCGAGCACUACGGAUGCUAAAAACGACGGACAUCGAAUUGAUCACGAAUCUGCCAAACAACACGCUUACGCAUCUGUCGUUCUGUAAUGGCUUCCAUAUGCGAGAUUACUUACCCGAUAUUCUUAAUCAUCAAGGAGAGUCAUUACAAAGCCUCGAGCUUCGUUGGCAUGAUGACUUUAUUCCGACGCAGCAUUUCGGCGGCUUGGAUGGAGACUUCGAUGUGCUGGCAAGCCACACAAGCAACCUUUCACAUCUCAGUGUCAAUGUACUAUACAAUGAUACUACAUGGCCUUUCGAGACGAUCGAGAAGAUUGCCACCAUUCCUACAUUACGAAAAGUAGACUUGUGGAUGGACUCGCUUAGCAAAUGCUCGUGGCCAUAUGAUCCUCAAUUAGGUGUGCCUGAAGCGGAGAUAUUAGGAUUCAGUGACGGGAACGACAGUGGCUGUGAAAGCAAAGAAGCAUUUCAUAAAAUACACCUCGAUAGUACAAGUGCAUCUAAGAUGUUCAAGCACAUGAAAGAGAAGAAGCAGGGGGACGAAUUAGAAGAAGCUACGUUCUGGGAGGGUAAUUGGUCGACAGAAUGGGACGGGGAGACCUCGAGAGUUAAGGUGGUAUGUAAAGCGAAGACGGAUCUUAAUAUGGAAGAAUGGUGUAUGGUAGAACAGGAGAGUGAUGAUGUUUCGCAAGAGUCAUUCUUUUGGGAUGAAUCAGUCUUUACUUCUGUGUAA